AUGGCAGAAUCUCACCCGGCCACAUCGGCCGCCUCCCAACAGGCAAUGGCAGACCUUAUCAGCGAGAUCACUUUUCAAAGGGUUCUUUUGUCGUCCAUUGAUGAUACAGUAGGCAAUCGAGCGUCUGCGGAGCACGAAGUGCGUCAGGAAAUCAAGAACCUGGAAACACAAUUGAAAUCUCUCAGGCGCGCGACGGCCACCACCUCCAGCUCCUCUGCCCCUCAAUCUUCUCAACCUGAUCACUCGAAUAGCCCUUCUUCAGGGAAUUCUUCUGCGGACACUGGUGCGUCCACGGCAUCGAUGAACGGCAAUCAAUAUCAAGGCGGCGAGCGAGCUCAAGGAGCAGACGAUUCAACUGCGUCCACCCCCAACUCUGCGGGAUCGCCUUCUGCAAUCAUGACCCCUCCUCGAUUUCUCAUCCCUAGACGAAAGCGAUCUCAUCCCGACAAUCUCAAUACGGGCUUUACUCCAGGGAGGGUGAGCAAGUCUCAACGCACAUCUCCCAGUCCUCGCUUUACAGCCCCCUCUCCGAUGAGCUCAGGGGAUGAGGCAUUGGAGCUCUUCGAUAGAGAAUUCUUUCAACAGCAAAAGGCCGAGGAGGAGAGGAUUGAACGUGAGAAACUGGAUGCGGAGUUCGCUCGCAGUAUCCAAGAUGAACCGCUAGAUCUUCCUGCUAUAGUUCAACCCACUUCCUCGGGCCCCUCAGCUUUCGAUCGAAUCUCUGGAAUACGACCUUCAGCUUCAGCCUCGUCAACACUCCCAUCAUCCAGCACAAUACAGGCUAGUCUGCCUUCAUCAUCCAGGAAAUUGCCACCGAUCUGGAAUGCUGCUGCCUCAGUGAAGCCCGAACCACACUCCAUGGCCUCUGCAACAAGAACCGAGCUGAGCUUCAGCAGCAGCCGAGAUGGUGCUACGAAGUUCAUGGUGGCCGGUAAAGAUGUUCGGAACAUGCCUGGCUCUUUUAUAGAUGACCUUUCCAGCGACUCUGAGAUAGAGAUAAUCGCUCCUUCGCAGUUUCGUGAUAAUGGUCGACGCCAGGUACCUGGAGCCUCGACUUGGUCAAGCACACCCCCAGCGGCUAACGGAGGAUCGCAGAACAGCAAACGCCCUAGCUUUUCGUCUGCAUCUGGGUCUCCCAGUACGGAUGCUUUGCGCCUGGCAAUGUAUGGAAAGCAGCCGGUUCCGAAAUGGAUGACCUCAUCUGAAGAUGACCAACCGUCAAUGUCUUGGGGCUCGAUGCAUUCCUCCUCUGCCCAACCUGGCAUGGGGAUGUAUGGCGCUGGUACUGGACAGUUUGAUUAUCCUAACCAUUCCUUCGGCAAUGGCGCUAUGACUGCUGGCAACGCGACCUUUGGAAAUUCAAACCACCUAGGGCGUGCUAGUACCAUGUCUAGUUACUCUGGAACCGCAUUCCUGCCAGCAGGACGUGGACUACCAGGACCGAACUCGCUUUCGAGUAACGGGUAUGGAAGUCCAUUCUCAGAUAUAAUUGAUAUUACCGGUAGCCAAAAUUUCGACCUAUCAGCAUACCCCCGCCGUGAUUUUAACCAGGAUCUGGUUGACCGGUACGAUUACAUCAUGAAUGACCCACGGAAAACGAACGCGGAGAUAAAGGAGCUUCUCGAGAAUAUCCAGCCUGAUAUGGAUCUAUCGGCCGAAAAUAGAGAAGGGACUCCAGAAGGCCUUAAAUACCCUCUAUACGAGCAUCAGAAAGUUGCUCUGACUUGGCUGAAAUCGAUGGAGGAUGGUAGCAACAAGGGUGGUAUUCUCGCCGAUGAUAUGGGACUGGGAAAGACAAUCAGUGCUCUGGCACUUAUCCUCAGUCGCCCAGCUGAUGACCGUGUGCGAAAGACUACCCUUAUUGUCGGCCCUGUAGCCUUGGUUCGGCAGUGGGAGAGAGAAAUCCGAAUGAAGAUCAAUGUUAGCCACAGGCUCAGCACACAUAUGAUUCAUGGCCAAGGCAAAAGACUUGAUUGGGACCAACUUCGUAACUUCGAUAUUGUGCUGACUACUUAUGGAACCCUUGGAGCGGAAUUCCGGCGCCUCCAGGCUUACACGGAGAAGCACAAGGGCAACAAUCAAAUGGAUCAGACUCCCAUGAGGAAGCUAUUUCCUCUUCUAGGCCCGAAAAGUCUCUUCUACCGUGUCAUCCUCGAUGAAGCUCAAUGCAUCAAGAACAAGAAUACCGUUGGAGCCCAGGCGGCAUGCAGUCUCAAAUCUCAAUUUCGGUUCUGUCUCACUGGAACACCGAUGAUGAAUAAUGUCGGGGAGCUGUACUCGUUGAUACACUUCCUCAGGAUCAAACCCUACAAUGCCUGGCCCAGAUUUUCAGAGGAUUUUGGCCUACUAUCUAAAGGGGUCGCAAGCAAGCGUGAAACCCAAAGCGCCAUGCGAAAACUUCAGGCGGUCAUCAAAGCUAUUCUCCUCCGCCGCACUAAGACUACGAAGCUUGAUGGCAAGCCAAUCAUUGAACUGCCACCAAAAACUGAGGAAAUUCAACAUGUUGUAUUCAGUGAAGACGAACAAGAAUUCUAUAAUGCUCUAGAAACCAAAACCCAAAUACAAUUCAACAAGUAUAUGAAAGCCAAUACGGUCGGCAAAAACUAUUCCAACAUUCUGGUCCUACUUUUGCGUCUCCGACAAUGCUGCUGCCACCCACAUCUCAUUACCGAUUUCGAGGAGGUGCCUCAAGCGGGAGUUCAACAGUCGGCCGAGGUUAUGAUUGAGCUUGCCAAAAGCCUCGCACCAGAUGUUGUGGGUCGAUUGCUCAUUGCGGAAGGAUUUGAAUGUCCUGUCUGCUACGAUGGUGUUGAGAAUCCCAGUAUUGUCAUUCCAUGCGGCCAUGAUACUUGUGCAGAAUGUCUGUCAAAAAUUUCGGAUCAGGCGGUUCAGCAGAACGUUGCCGCAGGCAACGAGGCUGGCGGCACAUCCAAGUGUCCGACUUGUCGCGGAAAGAUCGAGAUGAACAAGGUCAUUGAUUAUGCCACGUUCAAAAGUGUUCACAUGCCAAACCCAGACGCCAAAUAUGAAGAGAACUCGGGGGAUAUUGACAAUGAUAUCGAUGAUGAUAGCAGCGACACCGAUUCAGAUUCGGAUUCGGGUUCGGAGAGUGAUGCAAACAGCGAUGGGGAUUUGAGAGAUUUUAUUGUUCCAGAUGAUAUUGAUGAGAAGUCCGAGGCCGAUAUCGAUCCGAUCAAGGAUGAUGAUGAUAAUGGCGAAGCUAAAGCGCUGCCAAAGAAAUCUAAGCGCAAAAGCAAAGGGAAGAAGGAGAAACGCAGCAAGAACAAGAAAGACAAGAAAGGAAAGGGGAAGGGAAAAGAGAAGCAGCAUUUAUCGCUCGCUAUGCUCAAGAAAGGGGCAUCGCACUCUGCAGAAGGACGUCGACGCUACACUCGAUAUCUCCGCAAGAACUGGCAACCCUCAGCAAAAGUCACCAAGUGCGUUGAGCUGCUAGAGAAGUUCCAGAGAGAUGGCCAGAAGACCAUCGUGUUCAGUCAGUUUGUCUCGCUCCUUGAUCUUCUUCAUGUCCCCAUCGAACAAAAUGGCUGGGAAUGCGAACGAUACGAUGGAAGCAUGUCUGCAGAAGCUCGGAACGAUGCGAUCACUAGAUUUACCGACAAGCCAAGUUGUAAAAUGAUGUUGAUUUCCCUCAAAGCCGGCAACUCGGGUCUUAACUUGGUGGCGGCCUCCCGAGUGAUCAUCCUGGACCCCUUCUGGAACCCUUUCAUCGAGAUGCAGGCUGUUGAUCGGGCUUAUCGCAUCGGCCAACAGCGAGAGGUUGAGGUUCACCGCAUCUUGAUCAAGUCUACUGUUGAAGAUCGUAUCAUUGAGCUACAGGACAAGAAGCGGGAACUUGUGAACGCUGCCCUUGAUGAAGGCGCUAAUAAGUCCCUCGGUCGGCUCGAUGCGCAGCAACUGGCCUUCCUGUUUGGAGUUGGCACCGGAUGA